CGUCGCAAAAUACCAAACUAUAUCAGUUAACUGUUUGAGUUCGAUUUAUUCAGUCGUAGCAUUCAGCUUUUUAUUUAAUUUUUUUCAAACAAAAAUUCAACAAACACCCAAACCUUUCAAAAUGUUCAAAUUGAUUGUUUUAUCUGCUCUCUUCGCUUUGGCUGCUGCCAAACCAAGUGGUUAUUUGGCCGCUCCAACUCUUAUUGCUGCACCAGCUGUCACCAAGAUUGUUCAACCACCACCCGUCGUCGUCCACUCAUCCGCCCAAGUAGGAUCAGUCGUCUCAAGCAUUCCAACUGGCGUAUCAUCCCAUUCAUCAUCAGUUGUUCACAGCACUGGUGCCGUUGUUACCCCAGUCAUCACUCCGGUACAAAAAACAAUCAUUUCAGCCCCAGUUGUCGCCGCUCCAGUUUACAAGACUUACGCCGCACCAGCAGUUUACCAAUCACCAGUUGCAUAUCAUGCCGCCCCAGCUUUGUCGUAUGCACAUGCUCCACUUUCAUACUCAGCUCCUCUUGCCUACAGCGCUUACAGUGCACCAGCUUUAUGGUAAACACAGUCACCACACAUACUCACAACACUGAGAUGAGCCAAACCAACAUCAAAAGCCAUUCAGAUGCAGUCAAAAUCGGAUUAAAAGCAAUUCGAACAUUUUGCACAUUCGAUUUACGAUAGGAAAAAAAAAACGAAUUUUCGUCAAUUUUUAAUUUUUUUUCAAUUAUUUUAUUUUAUUAUUUUUUUGUUUGUUUAUGAUCGUAUGCAAAACAAAAAAGACAUCAGAAUUGACUUUGUGAAAAACCAUCAUCACAGCUAGUCACAUUUUAGGAACUUACCACCGAAUUACCGUUUUUUAUAAAUACUAUUUCGAAUGUGAAAAUAUUCUAUUGUAAAAAAAAUUUACCGAAAAAAAA